GCUUUGUGAACAGUGGCACCGAUGCUUAACCUAGAACGACGACAAAGACCAAAAGACCCUUAAUAUUGCAGUUCCGGAUGUCCCUAGCAAUUGUUGAACGUCCAAUAUCUGCUAUUCCAGAACAACGAGGUCAUGAAUCCCCUGAAAUCAUCGACGUCGACCUCUUCGAUGUGGAGGAGGUAGCUCGAAUCGGAUCGAGACCACCUACUCGGAGAAGAAGGGUAUCGGAGAGUGGUCGUUCUGUGCCAAUCGAGCGAGAGGUUAUAACAGUAAACGACAGCGAUGAUGACGAUAUACAGUUCGUCAGUGCCAGGCCUGCUCCCAGACCUCACAGAGCGCCCAUAUUUUCACCAUCACCCCCACCACAGCUUGAUGCGAUACCACCUGUUCCGCAGAUACCGAGGAGGUUUAUACCUAUGCGACGAAGACCACCUCCAUUUCCCACAGCUCCUGGGUUGGUGGUUCCCCAUGCCGAGCCUUUUCCAUUCGAAACGAACAUCAGGCCUGCCCCAGCGCCCAUCGAGCGUCCUCCAGCACCCGCUCCUGCCGUUGCACCAUCACACCACGUUCCUGUGAUGGGAUUUGGCGGUGCAUUGCUUCAACGUGCGAGAGCAGCUUUCGAGCAACCCCCCGCACGAUCACAUAACGUCGACCGCCGCCGCCGAGUCUUCGGUAUCCCAGCGGAUGUGUUCAUGCAGUGGAACCCUCUAGACUUCUUUGGUCAUGAAGAAGACGAGCUAUAUGAUGAUGAUGGCUUCCGUCACUACCGGGCUGCAGAUUUUCAUGAUGAGCCAGGUGACCGGCUGAUGCGAGGUGAUCUCCGUCUUUUCAAUGCCCCAGGGCGGCUUCCUGAACCUGAUUAUAAACCGGAGUAUACCCAUCCCAUGAAGCCUGCAUCUGGCUUUACGCAUGACUUCGAGUUAUCAGUCAUGACAUCUGCGCCUGUUUUCGAUAUCGAUAGCCCCGGUUCCUCCAGCUCAAGCAGUAGUCGUUCUGGCGAGACUAUGCUUGCCUGUCCUCGGUGUCAUGAUCCAUUGAUGCUGGGAGCUGCUGAUGUUGCAGAGGACAGAGCCAAGAGAAGACUGUGGGGUUUAAGAUGUGGACAUCUUUUGGACGGAAAAUGCGUGGAGGAAUUGAUGAAGCCGAUACCUCUUGUCAUCUCAGACUUGCUGGACACUGUUGAUGUGAAAGGCAAAGGCAAAGCAAAGGGGACAGACGAACUCGAAUUACCUGGUGCCUAUUCCACCCACUCUGUGAAAGGAAAAGGCAAGGAGACAGAGUCCGAUAUCUUCAACAUAUUCCCUGAACCUGAAUUCUCCUCUAUUCGCUCACGUCUUCGUCCCCGUCCCCCUCUUCCAUCUCAUCCAUCUGGACCUUCGCCCGCUGGCCCUGGCCCAUCCCGCGUGCGAUCUAGAGCUGCUCCCCGCCCACCCGUGAAAGCAAAGACUAUCGGGAAGGGUCGAGCAAAAGUUUCCAAUGUAGAAGCUGAAUAUGAAUGGUCUUGCCCUGUUGGCGGAUGUGGGCACAUUCAUGUGAGCCAGCUCAUUGAUGGGGAGUGGGUCAUGGACGAGAAGAGAGGGGCUAUCACUGUCUUCGUAUGAUACAAGGCAGUUCCCAAGCUGUUUAGCGAAUUAUAUACCGCGACACACCCAUUUUCUCACUUAUGGACUCAUUUGUCCAGCAUCACAAUUUGGAUUCGCAAUCCAUCAAUUGCAUUUUUCUUCUCACCUGUAUAGGUCGUCCCGCCCUCGGAUGUUUGUACCAGGUGCGUGCAUCUCUUAAACCAUUUGUGGGAUUAAGCUUCGCCACGCGCCUGAACUGCUUUCGGUAAGCACUUACAAUUUUAAGGGUAUCACUUCCUACUUUCUCGAACCACUUGGAAGCCCGUUGAUGGAAGAGUUCCGACCGGCUGAGCUACAUGCAAAUAAAUUUACAAACUUCAACGCAAAAUAGUAAUCGCUUUAUCAGAAUCAUUCGACUACACAGUAGAACAUACUUACACUG